CCCAAGUCCGCCACCCUCGCCAUGCUACCCCGGCCCCUCUUCUGGGCCAUCGGGCUCAUCCUCCUCAGCGGCGCCCUCGCAAAGACGUACUACUCGGUCCUGGGCAUCGACCGGAGCGCCGAGGAGAGCGACAUCAAGCGGGCGUACAGGAAACUGUCGAAAAAGUUCCACCCAGACAUCAACCCCGACGAGAGCGCACACGAGAAGUUUAUCGAGGUGGCUAGGGCGUACGAGGUGCUGUCAGAUAGCGAGCUCCGAUCCAUCUACGACCGGGGCGGCGAGGCCGGACUGAAGCGGCACGAGGAGCGCAAGAACGCGCCCAACGACCCGUUCGCGCAGUUCUUUGGCGGCGGAGGCCGCCAGGAGCCCCCUAGAGGCCCCUCGGUGCUUACCAACCUCGAUGUCCCCCUCGCCGACAUGUACACUGGCCGCACGGUCGAGUUCACCAUCCCGCGCCGCGUCAUCUGUACGAGCUGUCACGGAAGCGGCGCGCACUCGCCCGCCGAUGUGCAGCAGUGCAGCGGGUGCGGAGGGCAGGGUGUCGUCGUGCAGAAGCACCAGGUGUUCCCCGGCAUGUUUACCAAUGUCCAGAUGACAUGCCCUCACUGUAACGGAAAAGGCGAGCGGAUCACGCGCCACUGCGGCAAGUGCAACGGCGAGCGGACGAUCCAGGCGCAGAACACGCUCGCGGUGCACGUCCCGGCCGGCGCGCCAGAGGGCUACGAGGAGGUGUUUAGCGGCGAGGCCGACCAGAGCCCCGACUACGACGCGGGCGACGUGAUCGUGCGCGUGCGGAGCCAACCCAAGAGCAACAAGGGCUGGACGCGCAAGGAGUCUGGGCUGGUGGGACGUGUAACGCUGAGCGUGGCCGAGGCACUGCUUGGAUUCGAGCGCAACCUCACUUCCCUCGACGGACGGGUCAUCUCCCUCGGCCGCGGAGGCACCACGCAGCCCGGCGAGGUCGAGGUCAUCGAGGGCGAGGGGAUGCCAUCAUACCACGACAUUCCCCAGGGCGACAUGUACAUCGAGUACUCUGUCGUGUUCCCCACGGCCGUGUCGGACGGGACGCGUAAAAAACUCGUCGACGUGUUUGGCGGUAGUAUUGCUCGGGACGAGCUGUAGACUUUGCAUGCAUGUAGACAUCUCAUUGG